AUCACAUGUUUUAUUAUAUUAUUUAUCAUAUGAACAGAUAUUAUGUUAUUGUAUUGUGAAAAAGACAUUACAGUCAAAUAUAUAUAUACGCCAAAACUAUGUCUUAAUUUUGUUGUUUGUUUUGACUAUUAGUUUAUGAAGUGAUUUGUCUGCACACCAAACGACAUGUCAAAUGCCAACCAUUACUCCCAUUCCGUGUUCGCGACGGCAAGGCAUGCGGAUCUGUACGCGAAGUUUCGACCCAUACUACCAAAGAUAGUGUUGGACUAUGUCCUCGAUUAUCUCAAACUACACAUAGAGCCCAACGAGUGGCACAUCGCUGUGGACGUGGGUUGCGGUGGCGGUCAGAGUACGCAAGUGUUGGCCAAGUAUUUCAAAAAUGUUUAUGGAUUUGAUGUGAGCGCCGCUCAGAUUAAUGAGGCGCUCGAGGCAUACCAUCCCCACAAUGUUCACUAUCAGGUGUCGAUAGCCGAGAAUAUUCCGUGCAUUGAAUCCAAUUCCGUGCAGUUAUUGAUCGCAUGUGUGGCCGUCCAGUGGUUUGAUUUGUCGAAGUUCUUCGUGGAGGCGAACCGAAUGCUUGCGCCCAACGGAAUGGUGGCUCUGAUCGGCCACACGAUGUUCGAGCCAAUAGAUCCGGACAAUCCCGAUGAUCACACCCUCACACAACUCAUGCUAAGUCUGCGCUACGACCCCAGUAUAGCGCCCUAUAAGUUGCCAAAUACCGAGAGCAUUGACAAGCGCUACAAAAACAUCGUUUUUCCCGAUUAUUUCGAGUACACCUACAAAGACAAUAUCAUCAAUGGGGUGGUGAUCAGCGCUCAGGACAUACUCGGCUUCUUAGAGACGUGGUCUCCCUAUCAGCAGAUGUAUCAAAGCAGCCAAUCGGAGGCCAAAACCUUUUUAACCACUUUUGAACAAAAGCUUAAGAAUAUUCUGAAAACCGAUGACUUGAGCGGCAAAAAAUUGUUAUGUAAUUAUCGCUAUUACAUAGCUAUGGAAUUUCAGUGCAGAAUUGUAUCCACGAUUAAAACAACACUUGCGCUAAACAUGUCGGCGCCGAAGGAAAUACCGUCUGUCGAGCGGUACAACUGGUUGUUUCACAUGCAUUACGUGAGGGCUGAGUACGACCAGUGCCUCAAUCAGAUCCAGAGGUUCAACACUCACAGCGAAUACGCCGUGUAUUUAACAGGACUCAUACGGCUCCGGGAGGGCGACGCCAAGAGUGCGCUCAUGGCUUUCGACUCAAUCAAAACCAUCAACAAUCCCACGUAUAUUAAGGCCAUAUCCCGGUGCCUCACACUACUGGGCCGACACCAGAAUGUGUGCGAUUUGAUCAAAGAGGUGGGUCUGAAGGUGACGCCCAACGACUGGCAGCUGUGGUGUCUGUUUGGGAACGCCUUGUUAUAUAUGGGAAACAUUCAGCCGGCGAAGGAUGCCUUCCAGAAUGCACUGCAGACCACAAACCAGAUCGAGCCGUUCAUAUCCCUGGCCCAGUGUCACAUCGCUGAGUCCGACUACAAGUCAGCCAUAUUCGUGCUCAGGAGGGCUACCGAACUAUCGCCAAACGACUCGCAACUGACUAUAAAACUGGGAAUUUUACUCAUAAACAAUGGGAUGACUGCCAGAGGGGUCGAGAAAAUACUUCAGGUCCAGAAUCAGACCAACCCGUCAGACCUGUCCGUCGCCUUAGCUAUCGGUUCCGUUCUGCAAGAUAUCAAAGUGGACAUCGACUCAGCCCUCUAUCGAUAUAAGGCUACAAAUGUCUUUGAGAGCCCUUCCCUUUGGAAUAAUAUAGCGCUUUGUUUCGCCGUUAAGAAGAAGUUCGUGGCCGCCGUCUCCUGUCUCAAGAGAGCCCUAUAUCUCAAUCCAAUCGAUUGGCGGAUUAAUUUCAAUUUAGGACUCAUUAAUCUACAGCUCAGACAAUACGCCAGCGCUUUCCACUUCCUGAAGAAUGCGGUGGCAAACAGUUCCGCCACUAAUCCCACAAUUCUAUCGCUUUUAGGCAUUUGUCUGGAGUGUCUGGAGGACGAGCAAAACGCACGACAGGCGCACACGUCUGCCUCCAAGUCGUCCAACGGGUGGAAUGCCAUACCAGUCCUCAAUUAUGCCGUUUUCUUGUACAACGAGGACUCCAACGCCAAUAGGGAUACCAUAAUAGAGCUGUUGAUGGAGUUCGAGCAGUGUUGGCUCAAACGCUCGCAAACCACUCAUGAGUUUGAUGGCAAUGUCAUGAAAGUGGCUACAAAUCUGGCCAAUGCUCUCAGUGUGUCCAGUCAUAUGGCAUGGGUCAAGGAGGCCACACAGACUACUAGGGUUGAGACCAACACUGAGAUCAAUGUAGGUGCCUCUACCAGUGCUCCCGAGUAA